AUGAAGAGCUUGCCUAGAAAGGUUGCAUCCACCAAAUUUGUGUGCAAACCCACGAUUAUCUCAUUAAAGGUUCUUGACGAGGUCACCCAAUCGUUCCGUAACAUUGGGUGGGAAAACCUUCUCAAUCUCAUGGCACACACAUACGAGCACCAUACUAGAGAGUUUCUUGCCAAUUGCGGGUACGAUGGCAAAAAGAGAAAAGCCGCAUUCCAAUUUCUAGGGGACCUAAGGUACAUCGAUUUUGCAACAAUAAAUGACAUCUUGGGCUUGCCUUCUACAAAUACAUCCACAAUAUUUGACGUCUUACCUGCUGAGUUCAAUCAUGAGACCUUUUGGAUGGAAAUUACUGGGUGUAUCUUUUCGUGUGUCGGUCGGGAUAAAGAAACCUCCAUCAUUCACCCAUGCAUCCGCAUUGCCCAUCGCAUCUUGGUGUGUAUGGUUUUUGCCCGCAAAGAAGUCGGUCGGGUCACCAAAAAUAAGAUCUUCUUCCUUAGCUGCAUGACGCGGGGUGUAAACCCGCCAAUCUCGGACUUUGCUUCGUUCUUUUUCCAUAAAUCUGCACUCAUGAGAGCCAAAGCGUCCGGUGAUAUUUGCAUUGGGGGAUUUGUCACCCUUUUGGCGCGGAGUCUUGACAAUAAAAAUAUUUUGGAUGAGCGCCCUCUCACAAACAUGCACCACAUCCGUCGUCGGAGCAGGAAUAGUUUCACAUGGUAUUGUCCUCAAGGAGUGGGAUAUCUUGUUCUCCCCGACAGUCGAGUCUCCAACUUCACUCCCCACGAUCUCACUCAGUGGAGACUCGCAAGAACCAUCACUCAAUCAGUGAAUGAGGAUGCGUCCUAG